ACGCCACCAUAUUUAUAGCCUCAAACACAAUAUUACACGCCCCUCUUUCAUUUUUCUAGGGUUUCAUCACAACAAUCACCAUGGUUCAGAGACUCACAUACCGUAGGAGGCACAGCUAUGCCACCAAAUCCAACCAGCAUCGUGUUGUUAAGACACCUGGUGGAAAGUUGGUUUAUCAGACAACUAAGAAGAGAGCUAGUGGACCUAAGUGUCCUGUUACUGGAAAGAGGAUCCAAGGGAUUCCACACUUGAGACCUACUGAAUACAAGAGGUCCAGAUUGCCUAGGAACCGCCGCACUGUUAACAGGGCUUAUGGAGGUGUUUUAUCCGGAGGAGCUGUUAGGGAAAGGAUUAUCCGUGCUUUCCUUGUUGAAGAGCAAAAAAUAGUUAAGAAAGUUUUGAAGAUCCAGAAAACAAAAGAAAAGCAAGCAGCUAAGAGUUAAGCUGAUUUUAUCAAUGGAUGCAUAAAGUUGAAAAUUUCUUUUGUUUAGAUUUGUGCUCAAGAGUUUUGACUUUCAAUGAUGUUAAUUAUGAAUGUGGAACUUACUUUGCAAUUGAUUUUAUGGAGUUUUAUGUUUUUCUUGUACUCUAGAUUUUGUUAUACAUUGAGUAUUAGAUUCUGUUGUUCCAGUGCACAUUUUAAAUGGAUAACCUCUACUGAAAUUGUUUCUGUUAUUUA